AUGGCGGCGGCGGUGGCGGCGGGCGGCGGCGGCGCGGGGCCCGGGGCGGCCGCGGUGGCUGUGGCGGCGGCGGCGGCCGCGGCGGCCGCGGGCGGCCCGGGGCUGGCGGCGCUGUCGGUGGCUCGGCGGAAGGACGGCGGCCCGACGGGCAAGUUCUGGGAGAGCCCCGACACCGUGUCCCAGCUCGACUCGGUGCGCGUCUGGCUCGGGAAGCACUACAAGAAGUAUGUUCAAGCAGAUGCUCCUACCAAUAAAACGCUGGCUGGGCUGGUGGUGCAGCUGCUGCAAUUCCAGGAAGAUGCCUUUGGAAAACAUGUCACCAAUCCUGCCUUCACAAAGCUUCCUGCAAAGUGCUUCAUGGAUUUCAAAGCUGGAGGUACAUUAUGUCACAUUCUUGGUGCUGCUUACAAAUAUAAGAAUGAACAGGGCUGGAGAAGUACCUUUCCUCGUCAUAAUAGGCGGAGGUUUGACCUGCAGAAUCCAUCCCGAAUGGAUCGAAAUGUGGAGAUGUUCAUGAACAUUGAGAAAACACUAGUGCAGAACAACUGUCUGAGUAGACCAACCAUCUACCUCAUUCCAGAUAUAGAACUGAAGUUGGCUAAUAAAUUAAAGGAUAUUGUCAAACGUCACCAGGGAACAGUAACUGAAGAGAAAUCAAAAGCUACCCACCACGUUUAUCCAAGUCCUACCUCAAUGGAUGAUGAUGAAUGGCUGAGACCUGUGAUGAAAAAAGACAAGCAGGUGCUGGUACACUGGGGUUUCUUUCCAGACAGCUAUGACACUUGGGUUCAUGCCAAUGAAAUAGAUGCUGAAAUUGAGGAUCCUCCAAUUCCUGAAAAGCCAUGGAAGGUUCAUGCCAAGUGGAUUUUGGACACAGAUAUAUUCAAUGAAUGGAUGAACGAAGAGGAUUAUGAGGUAGAUGAGAACAGAAAAUCAGUGAGUUUUCGACAGAGAAUCUCCAUGAAAAAUGAAGAGCCUGUACGUAGUCCAGAGAGGAGAGACAGGAAAGCAGCAGCAAGUACAAGGAAGAGAAAGCAUUCUCCUUCUCCACCCCCCACUCCUGUGGAGUCGAGAAAAAAGACAGGGAAGAAAGGACAAGCAGCCUUAUAUGGGAAAAGGAGAGGGCAGAAAGAAGAAGAUGAGCAAGAAGAUCUUACAAAGGACAUGGAGGAUCCCACACCGGUACCUAAUAUAGAAGAAGUGGUACUUCCCAAAAAUGUGAACCCAAAGAAAGACAGUGAAAACACACCUGUGAAAGGAGGAACAGUAGCGGACCUCGAUGAACAGGAUGAGGAGACAGUGGCAACUGGAGGAAAGGAAGAUGAAGAUCCUAACAAAGGUGAUCAAAGUCGGUCAAUUGAUCCAGGUGAAGAUAACGUCACAGAACAAACCAACCACAUCAUUAUUCCAAGCUAUGCAUCUUGGUUUGACUACAACUGUAUUCAUGUGAUUGAGCGUCGUGCCCUUCCUGAAUUCUUCAACGGAAAAAACAAGUCCAAGACUCCAGAAAUAUACCUCGCUUACCGCAACUUCAUGAUUGACACCUAUCGCUUAAACCCUCAGGAGUACUUGACUAGCACUGCCUGCAGAAGGAAUCUGACUGGAGAUGUGUGUGCUGUAAUGAGAGUACAUGCUUUUCUGGAGCAGUGGGGUCUCAUCAACUACCAGGUGGAUCCAGAAAGCCGUCCCAUGGCAAUGGGCCCUCCUCCUACUCCUCACUUCAACGUGCUCGCUGAUACGCCCUCCGGCCUGAUGCCUCUCCACAUCCGCACUCCCCAGGUUCCAGCUGCUCAGCAGAUGCUGAGUUUUCCUGAGAAGAACAAAGAGAAACCUACUGAUCUACAGAACUUUGGACUUCGCACAGAUAUUUACUCAAAAAAGACUUUAGCAAAGAGUAAAGGUGCAAGUGCUGGAAGAGAAUGGACAGAACAAGAGACGUUGCUGCUAUUAGAAGCUCUGGAGAUGUACAAAGAUGACUGGAACAAAGUCUCGGAGCACGUUGGGAGCCGCACCCAGGAUGAGUGCAUUCUCCAUUUUCUGAGGCUUCCUAUCGAAGACCCGUAUUUGGAGAACUCCGAUGCAUCUCUCGGCCCGCUGGCUUACCAGCCCGUUCCUUUCAGCCAAUCUGGCAAUCCAGUGAUGAGUACCGUUGCUUUUCUGGCAUCGGUGGUGGAUCCCCGGGUGGCAUCAGCUGCAGCAAAGGCUGCAUUAGAGGAGUUUUCCCGAGUCAGAGAGGAAGUACCGCUGGAGCUAGUUGAAGCUCAUGUAAAGAAAGUACAGGAAGCAGCACGAGCCUCUGGGAAGGUGGAUCCAACGUACGGACUGGAGAGCAGUUGCAUUGCUGGAACAGGUCCAGAUGAGCCGGAGAAAAUCGAUGGAGCUGAAGAAGAAAAAAUGGAAGCAGAAACAGAUGGGCAGCAGUCUGAGAAGGUUGAAAACAAAGUGGAGAGUGAAAUUGAGGAAGGUGAUAAAGCACAAGAAGGAGAAAAUGAGAGAAACCCAGAAAAAGAACAAGAUAGUGAAGUGACUGCAGACACCAAGACAGAAGAAAAGGAGACAGAAGAGAACAAGGAGAACGUUGAUGCAAGCAAAGACAAAGAAAAUGAGGCUGGGAAGAAGAAAGUGGAACAUGAAAUCUCAGAAGGAAACGUAGCUACAGCUGCAGCUGCUGCUCUUGCCUCAGCUGCCACCAAAGCAAAGCAUCUAGCAGCAGUGGAAGAAAGAAAGAUCAAGUCCCUGGUUGCCCUUCUGGUGGAAACACAGAUGAAGAAGCUGGAGAUAAAACUUCGCCAUUUUGAGGAGUUGGAAACCAUUAUGGACAGAGAGAAAGAGGCAUUAGAGCAGCAGAGACAACAGUUGCUGACAGAACGCCAGAAUUUUCACAUGGAACAGCUGAAAUAUGCUGAAUUAAGGGCUCGUCAGCAAAUGGAGCAGCAGCACAGUCAAAACCCACAGCAACCUCACCAGCACUCCGGUGGGCCUGGAAUGAACCCGCUCGGGGCACCAGCACAUCCAGGCCUUUUGCCCCAUCAGCAGCCCCCGCCGUACCCAAUGAUGCACCACCAGAUGCCACCACCCCACCCACCACAGCCAGGUCAGAUGCCAGGGCCCGGCUCGAUGAUGCCUGGGCAGCCCAUGCCAGGACGGAUGAUGCCGAGCGUGUCGGCCAACAUCCACCCGGCCGGCGGCGGUCCUCCCCCACCCGGCAUGUCGCCGAUGUCAGGGAACCUCAUCGGACCCCGCGUUCCUCUAGCAGCUCCAAACGGCAUGUUCCCCCCCCCUGCGCAGCCGCCUCCACCAGCGGAAGGGGUGACCCCACCUCCGGCAGGAGCCCCGCCGGCCUCAGCAGCUCCCUAAGCAGUCGAGGAAGAAGGAACUUCUACAGCAACAUAGUGGUGACCAAAAAUAACUCCUCAGUUACCUUCUGUUCCCCGGGGGGCUUUUGCCUCCCGUUGACCUGCCCCAGCCGUGUGUGUGCGCACGCACAUCCACAUGUACAAGCACGCACACACAGAGUCUCUU